AUGAAUCAAGCAAAUUAUUCUGAAGUAGCUGAGUUUAUAUUCCUGGGAUUAUCAAUCUACAGACCAACACAGAUUUUCCUUUUUGCCUUUUCUACAAUAUCAUUUGCAACAAUUUUUCUAGGAAAUUUCUUAGUUGUGCUUACAGUUAUCUUUGAUACCCAUUUGCAUUCACCUAUGUACUUCCUUUUAGCUAAUCUUUCAUUUGUUGACUUAUGUUUCUCUACUUCAGUUGUUCCUAAAUUGAUUUCUGAUCUAUACUCCAAUCACAAUACCAUUUCAUUCCAGGGUUGUAUUUUCCAGAUGUUUGUCCUUCAUGUCAUGGGGGGUUGUGAGAUGGUGCUGCUGGUAGCCAUGGCCUGGGACAGAUAUGUGGCCAUAUGCAAGCCCCUCCACUACCUGACCAUCAUGAGCCCGCAGAAGUGCAUUUUGCUUCUGAUUGGUACCUGGAUUAUUGGUCUCAUUCAUUCAGUAUCUCAAAUAGGUUUUGUUGUCCAUUUGCCUCUUUGCAGUUCUAAUGAGAUAGAUAGUUUUUAUUGUGACCUUCCUAGGUUCAUCAAACUGGCUUGCAUAGACAUCUACAGGAUGGAGUUCUUGGUUACUAUUGACAGUGGACUAAUAUCAGUCACUACCUUUUUCUUACUGAUUGUCUCUUAUAUAUUCAUACUGUUCAUUGUAUGGAAACAGUCCUUGGGCAGUUUGUCCAAGGCCCUCUCUACACUUUCUGCUCACAUCUCUGUGGUCAUUUUGUUCUUUGGACCAUGCAUCUUUGUGUAUAUGUGGCCAUUACCUACUGUACCAGUCGAUAAGUUUCUUGCUAUUCUGGACUUCAUGAUUACGCCUAUCUUGAACCCUGCCAUUUACACACUGAGGAACAAAGACAUGAACUUGGCAAUGAGGAGACUGAGUAAACAGCUCCUGAGUAUGAAAGGUAUCUGCUAA